UAAAAUAAAACGUAGUCAGCGCUAUCAAGUGAUACCUGUUACUUUUCUUUGCGCUGUUUAGGAUGGCUCAAUCAAAGUCGUUUGUGAUUAAAGGAUAAGUUUCUGAAAAUUUGUAAAGCUUACAGGAACAUAUUUACUUGUAUAUCUCAUGUACAAGAGCCUGAUAUUUAUAUAUUUACACGGUUAUACUUCUUAUAGUGCUGAUGCCCCCAAUGAGACAAAAAACGUACUGAAAUUUGAUUGUGGCUAAAUGGAGAAUUUGCCAUUCUGAGCCACAAAGCGCCACCUGGAGGAAGACGAGUUUUGUCUAGCAGGAAAUAGUGACAGAUAGCAACAUUUUCCUCUCAGAAUGAAACGCACACAUUCAUGCCGUUUGAGGUUCAAGGAGCAACUCUUCAGUUAGCAAGAUCUUGGUCAUUUACUGUUUCCCAUCCUAAACACAAAGACGAUGACACAGCCGGCAGACUCUAUUCUACACAGCGGUUACUUUCACCCCACGCUCCGAUACUGGCAGACCUGUGCUGCAGACCUUAGACCAGAUAACCUCAUAUAUCCUAUCUUCAUUACUGACAGUCCUGAUGCAGUGGAACCAAUUGCAAGUCUACCUGGUCAAGCGAGAUAUGGCGUUAAUAAGAUAGAGGGUUUACUUCGUCCCCUUGUGGAUAAAGGCCUGAAGUGUGUGCUGAUUUUUGGAGUUCCUGCAAAUGUUGCGAAGGAUGAGAGGGGCUCUGGUGCAGACACAGAUGAUACUCCUGCAGUCCUGGCUGUGAAGAAACUUAGGAGCACAUUCCCUGAUCUUGUGUUGGCCUGUGAUGUGUGCCUUUGCCCCUACACCUCUCAUGGCCACUGUGGAAUCCUGCGUGAAAAUGGCAGCUUGGAUAAUGCUGCAAGCUGUUUGAGGUUGGCUGAAGUAGCUCUGGCUUAUGCUCGAGCAGGCUGCCACAUCAUCGCCCCUUCAGAUAUGAUGGAUGGACGAAUUGCAGCCAUUAAGCAAGCACUAAUCUCUAAUGAUCUUGGCAACAAGGUGUCAGUGCUGAGCUACAGUGCUAAAUUUGCCUCCUGCUACUAUGGACCAUUCAGGGAUGCUGCCCAGUCAAAACCUGCUUUUGGAGACAGACGAUGCUAUCAGCUGCCCCCUGGUGCCAGAGGACUAGCACUUCGGGCCUGUGACCGGGAUGUGAAAGAAGGUGCUGACAUGCUGAUGGUGAAACCUGGAUUACCAUACCUUGAUAUUGUGAGAGAGGUCAAGAAUAAGCACCCUACUUAUCCGCUGGCAGUGUACAAUGUAUCAGGUGAAUUUGCCAUGUUGUGGCAUGGAGCUGAAGCUGGAGCUUUUGAGCUGCGCACUGCAGUUAUGGAGGCUAUGACUGCCUUCCGUCGAGCAGGAGCUGACAUCAUUAUCACCUACUACACUCCACAAUUGCUCUCAUGGUUAACAGAAUAAUCUGUUGGUUCUCCUAUGUGAAUAAACUUGGAUUAAAGCAAAUCUACUGUCUCUCCCUGAGAGUGACACUUAGGGUUAGAAAUAAAACUCACAAGCAAAUAUUAGUAUCUGAAUCGGCCUUUUCACAAGAUUUUUUUAUAUGAUUUAUGUAUUUAGUUAGAAACGCAUUCAGCCAGCUUUUGAUUUUUCUACUUUUCAAAUUUUGCCACGUUUAGUGUAUUUCUUAAAAAAGAGUUUUCAUUAAGAUAUGUUUCAACAGCCUACAUUGUAAACUCUGUUCAGCUCUGAACAAAACACCCAGCCAUCUGUUCCAGCCACUGUGGAACAUCAGGUGUUUUAAUAUGAAGAUCCAUAUAUCAAGAGCAAUGAUGCAAAUGACACGGUAAACCAUGUAUUAAAAAUUGUUUUUAUAUGUUACUUUGAUGAUAAACCAAGUGAUGGCUCACCACUAUUAGAAAUGGAGCCAAGAAAAGUGAUGAUUAACUGGGGAGAACAAGAAGAGGAUGAGUUAAUAAAAAUUAAAGACCUGACGAACACCCAUUGGUUGAGCAAAGCUGGGGGCAAGGUGUAAGAGAAAAUGAGAGUUUUGACUGAGAUUGUUAGAUGUUCCCCAGCAUCUCUGCUUUGUUGUCUAUACCAAUAAAGUCGAAGUUUUGGCAUCUGGAA